AUGUUUUCACCAAAGCUGAAAAUAUUUCUCAUUGCUAGCCAUGUCUCGCUUUCUGGUCUCUGCUAUGGCUUGGACACAGGUUCAAUCGGUGUCAUCACCCAGAUGGAGCAGUUUUCCCACUACAUUGGCCACUUGACCUCCAUGCAGCAGGGCAUAUACGUUUCCUCCAUUCUCCUCUCCUCCUCGGUAUCCUCCCUAGCAAGCGGGCACAUCUCCGACCGUAUCUCACGAAAAUGGGGCAUCUUUAUCGGCAGCAUUCUGUUUCUCAUUGGCACCAUCAUCUCAGCAGCGUCGCCGAAUUUCGCGGCUCUCAUUGUCGCUCGUCUGAUCACGGGCAUGGGCAUGGGACAGGCGAUUUCUGUCGCUACGGUAUAUCUAAUUGAGAUUGCGACUGCUGAUAUUCGGGGAGUGACUGCUUGCCUCCUCCAGCUUAACGUGGUUAUCGGUAUCAUGACUGGAUAUUUCAUUGCGUAUGGAUCGCACGACUUAGCAGGAAGUAUGGCAUGGAGAGUCCCGUUCAUAGUGCAGGCGGCUGUAGCUACAGUGCUUGCUCUUGGGUUACUGCUUACACCUUUUUCACCACGAUGGCUUGUUCAAGCUGGUCGAAAUGAGGAUGCGAAGCGAGUCUUGGGAAAGCUACGCGCGCCGUCAGUUGUGGACUCCGAGUUGGCAGAGAUUCAGCAAAGUUUGCAAUCCGAUCGACACAAGGCUCUUGCGACUUGGGGCGAGAUCUUCGGUCGGAAAUACGUCGGUCGGACAGCGCUGGGAAUAUUCCUGAUGUCCUUCCAGCAGUUGACUGGUAUUGACGUGGUGCUCUAUUACGCUCCUAUCCUCUUCCGACAAGCAGGAUUCACAUCCGAGAAGGCGUCGUUUCUCUCGUCAGGGGUCACUGGUAUUGUGAUGCUGGUUUGCACAAUACCAGCUCAGAUCUGGAUUGACCGAUGGGGUCGUCGCAUGCCUCUAGUUAUUGGGGGCCUCAUCAUGUCCAUUUGCUUUAUAGUGACUGGCUCGCUGUAUGCUAGAUAUGGGCAAGUAGCUGAUGAUGCAGUCAGCCUUUCAUCGAAGGCAGCACAAUGGGUCGUUAUUGUCUUGAUCUACAUAUUUGUGGCCAAUUUCUCCUGGUCCUGGGCUGUGGUUGGCAAGAUCUACGCCUCGGAGAUCAUUCCCACCAGGCUCCGAGCAAAGGUAUGCGCUUUGGAGCUGGUGGCAAACUGGAUCAUGAAUUUCGUCGUGACACUUACGGCGCCACUAUUUUUGCGAUCAUCGCCUAGUGGACCGUACUUUUUGUAUGGAUUCUCUACGAUUGUGGCCGUGGUCGUUUGCUUUUUGAUGCCGGAGACAAAGGGCCGUAGUCUGGAGAACAUCGAGCAUUUGUUCGAGAAAAGAAGGGACGGUGAGGAGGAAGUCAGUAUGAACAGAUCAUAG